AUGGAAAGUUUACUCAACGGAAUUCCAUACACUGGCAUCCUUCUUGAUAACAUUUUGAUUUCUGGACCGACGGAUGAAGAACACCUUCAGAACCUGGAAGAAGUGAUGAAGCGUCUUUCUGAAGCUGGGUUACGUCUAAAGAAGUCGAAGUGUCGUUUUAUGCAACCUACCCUCGAGUGUUUGGGUUACCGUAUCGACGAAACGGGUAUUUAUCCAGUUGAAGCCAAGGUGAAAGCAGUUCAAGAAGCACCUACACCUACCAAUGUUACCGAGUUGAAAGCAUACUUGGGAUUGCUCAAUUUCUAUGGUAAAUUUUUACCAAAUCUGUCAACUGAGUUAGAGCCACUGUACCAGCUACUUC